ACGAGGACCAGAUGUGGCUGGAUGGGAUUUACAUGGCCGACUCGUUUUACGCGACGUAUGUCUCGCUGUUUGAGAAGGGGAAUACGACGGCGUGGGGGGAGAUUGCGCUGCAGUUUGACCUUAUUGAGGAGCAUACCCGGAACCACACGACCCACUUGCUCGUGCACGGGUACGACGAGGCAAAGGACGCCGUCUGGGCAGACCCUGUGACGGGGGCGAGCCCGUUGGUGUGGAACCGUGCUGUCGGGUGGUACUUUAUGGCGCUUGUUGAUACUCUGCAGGUGUAUCCCAAGAACCUGCCGGGUUAUGCGAGGUUGCUGAAGUACUUUGUCACCUUGGCGGAUGGGCUGGCUAGGAGCCAGGAUACGUCGGGAGGUUGGUGGCUCAUCAUGAAUGAGGGAUACCAGACGCGCAAGGGAAACUACCUCGAGUCGAGCGCUGCAGCUAUGUUUGCCUACGGUCUGCUGCGCGGUGUUCGGGAUGGGUUCCUCGAGGCCAAGUACAAGGACGUCGGACUCAAGGCGUACAACGCGUUGACGAGGGACUUUAUUCGGGAUGAUAAGAAUGGACUUAUCAGCUUCUCGGGGACGGUGCAAGUUGGCAGUUUGAACUCGAACGCGAGUUUCGAGUACUACACCAGCAUCCCGAUUGUCGAGAAUGACCACCGUGGCAGCGGGUCCUUCAUGUUUGCCGCGAUUGAAGCUGAGCUGGCGAAGUAGAUGCGGAAGUUCGGCACUAAGAGAUUAUCUAUUCAUAGAUCCACGCCUUAGAACAGAAAUAAAGCUUCCGCAUUUGACGUUGCAGCUCAAAUCUAGCUUCGUGUCAAGACUUGUACUUGGUAUCAUCCAAGAUCUGACCCC